AUGGGACACGUUUUUAUUUUUUUUAGAGCUAGGACCACGUUUUUUCAACAACAAAAAAAGAAAAAAAAAUAAUUUAUUGCAGAUUUUAUCAGCUCGCCGUUGUUGGCCAAUUCAAUCGGCUGCUCUUUUGCUCAGAGCUGAUUUGGAAAAAUCGCAUGGAAGAAGAGUUGAUCGAUCUUGUUCACAAACUGAAUUAAUUUGUAAAUUAAUGCAAGGAAUUGAUGAUGAGGUAUGCAGAAAUACGAAAUUUUCUCUCAAAAAUCCAAAUUUUCUCAGACUUCCGAUGAAAUUCGCCUCGAAAGAACUGAUUUCGUUCUCGCUUCUGGACUUGAACCAAUUUGGCAAGCCAAUGUUUUGCACACAACAAUUUUACGAUCUCUUGGAUGCACUUCUGAAGCAUUGCUCAUUUUAGAGAAAUUGGAAUUGUGGGACAAUGUAAUUGAUUGUUAUAAAGCGCUGGGACAAUUGGAAAAAGCUGAAAGUCUUGUGAGAAGAUUGAUUGAACAAAAACCAACGGAUUCGAUGCUUUUUGUUUAUUUGGGGGAUAUUACACAAAAUACAGAGUAUUAUUAUACGGCUAUUAAGGUGAGGGUUUGGAAAAUUAUGGAAUUGAUAUUUUCAGAAAUAGAAAAUCUGAAAUGUUUUUUCAGCUUUCCGAUGAUCGAAAUGCUCGAGCUCAUCGUUCACUUGGACAUCUUCUUUUAAUGCGAAAAAAUUAUGAAGAAGCUUAUAAACAUUUGAGAAGAAGUUUGGAACUUCAACCUAUACAGGUACCAAAAAUCUGGAGAGAAAUUGUUCAGCAAAAAAUAUUUUUUCAGCUUGGAACUUGGUUCAAUGCUGGAUAUUGUGCAUGGAAAUUGGAAAACUACAAAGAUUCGACACAUUGUUAUCAUCGGUGAGUUUUUAGGCGGGGAAUUCAGGGAAUGGAGAAAAAUUAGAUGUUUUAUGAUUUUCAACACAAAAAUUUUUUAAAAAGUUUUCCAUCCCAAACCCAACUUUAUUUUCUAGAUGUGUCUCAUUCCAACCUGACCAUUUUGAAGCCUGGAAUAAUUUAUCAGCUGCUUAUAUUCGAUGUGGACAAAAGGAAAAAGCUUGGAAAUUAUUGCAAGAAGCUCUUAAAUUCAAUUAUGAACAUGCAAAUGUUUGGGAAAAUUUCAUGUUGUUAUCUGUUGAUAUUGGCAAUUUUCAACAGGUUAGCCUAACUCAAGCCUAAGCUGGAAAAUCACUUUUAUUUUUAGGCGAUCAUCUCUUAUCAUCGAUUGUUGGAUUUGAACAAAAGAGGAGCGGAUGAUGAAGUUUUGGAACUUUUGGCAUCACAAGUUUUGAAGCGAGAAAAACAGGUCUGAAACUAUUAUGAAAAUAUAUCUUUUUUUCUUUUUUCAGCUUGUCAAUGAUGACGAAAUUGCUGAAAACGUGAAAGAUAAAGAAGAUUUGGUCAAAUUAUUCGCGCGAAUUUCGGCACAACACCAAACUUUAUCGCCGAAAACUUUGCGACUUUGGGCGCAACUCAAAAAACCGCGAGGAAAAUUGACGAAUGAAACGAGAACGGAAUUCGAGAAAUAUUUGCAAUUGAUGGAGAAAAGUUUCGGACAAGCAAAUGGAAAACAGGUUGGUUGGUGGAGAUUUUUAAAGAAAUUGGGGGAAAAUGAAUAUUUUACGUUUCAAAAUAUUUAGAAUUGAACAAAUAUAUUUUGUUUUUUUUUAUUCGCAUUUUAUGAAAAGUGCUGUAUUAAAAUUGAAAAUAGGAGAUUUCGCUAUUUUUUUCAGUGCGAACCCAGCUCUCCUCUGUUUCUCUGCAAUAAAUUUUGAGCUAUUUUGAUUUAUGAACACUUUUGGAAAAUUUUCCAACUUUUGAGAAAAUGAAUAUUUUACGUUUCAAAAAAUUUAGAAUUGAAAAAAUAGCUUUUGUUUUUUGAUUCAUCUUUUUUCAAAAAUUUCAAUUAUAUCUAGAGAAUUUUUUUUCCUCAAAAUCAUAUCGAUUUUUUGCAGAAUUGGUCGAAAGAUGAAUCAGCAAUAAUCAAUAUUCUCGAAACAGCAAUUCGUCUUGGAGAAGAUCGCAUCGAAUUGGCGAAAUUCAUCAAUUCUCCAACUUCAGUUAACGAGGUUUGUAGGUUUUCGGGAAAAAUUGAACGGGAAAAGAGUUAUUCUGAAAAAGUCUAUGCUUGUAAGCUUGAAAUUGUGAACCAAAAUUGGCCUCGAAGCUUUUUGCUGAAUUCGAUUUCAAGAUUCCAAAAUUUUUCAAAGAAAAAAUUAAGGGUUAACAAUUUUCACCCAAAAAGCCACAAAUUUCUAGGCUUCUGCUCGAAUUCGUUUGUCUCUUCGCGGUGUUUUAACACGAAUUGAAAAAGACGAAAAUUCACGAAUUCCCGGCGAAAAAACUCAUGCCAGAUUGGAAUUUUUGGUUUCAGAAGCCAAAAAAUUGUUGCAAAAUGUUAACUAA